UUCAAAGUGGCACAUGGCGCUCUAUCUCUCCCGUUCUGUGAAAUAGGGUCACGGGUGGCGCUUGGCUUUCAGAGAAACUUUUUCCUUUCAUGUAAGAACCUUGUGGGAGAGGGGAACUAAAGGGGGCCAUGCCAGGCAACCACCCACCUCCCAUGCAAUUGGAGACACAAACACUACGGCUCGUCGUCUGCUGCCUGUAGCGGUACCAGUGUGAGAGUUUGCGACUGCGCCAACAGGACAAAUGACGCAAGAGGACAGAGCGAGUGAGAGAGAGCAAGCCCAAUUGCACAACUUGGAAAAGGACAAGGCCCCACGUUGAUAAGACUGCGACAGUGGCCAAGAAGACUGAGGUAGACAUACAGGACAAGAGUCUGCUGGAAAUAGGAUGAGAUGCUUGUCUGCAGACAGACAGACUAAGAGGUGUGCCAAAAAUUCAUGCUGCUGGCCACGACUGUCAGCCUCCCGCUAGGAGGAUGGACUGCAGUUCAACAACGUCAUAUUCUCAAACAUCCUUAACCUUCAUCCAACCUCUUUGGCUCAGACUCUAAACUCAAAUCAUUGGCUCAACCCCAAGAAAAAGACUUAUUGGCACUCAUCCCCCACACCACGCUCUUUAACAAUGACUUUGUAACUGCUUGACAGAGCGGUAGCACCAGCCCACAAAGGCAACUGAAGCAUCAUAGCACUGUAGUUCAGCUUGCAGCACGAGAAGAAUUGUGAGUGUGAUUUGUCUCCAGGCGCAUGGGCAGCUGUUGACAAAAGAUGACAGCGAGUCUGGUUGGAGGUGCACCAUCCUCUCGUCCGCCCUCCCUUGCUGCAGCGGCAUUGGGUCUGACUGGUUAAGUUUGGCCUUUUGGCCAUUGCAGCAUUGGCGGCAGCUGUCAGAGGGCUGGAAGGAGCACUAUGCAGGAAACUGACUCACCAGACAUAAACGCAUUCAAAGAGUGCAAGUUCCACUGCACCAAUGGGAAUUGUUUGCGUCUGGGCUCACUGAUCUGUAACCAGCUCAAUAACUGUGGAGACAACAGCGAUGAGGAGAACUGCCCCAUGGUCACCCAGCAUCCUCCAGCGGGCAUCUUCAACUCUGAACUGGAGUUUGUUCAGAUCAUCAUCAUCAUUGUGGUGAUGACAGUCAUGGUGGUGGUGAUCAUUUGCCUGCUCAACCAUUACAAGCUCUCCACCUUCAUAACAAGGCAGAGCCAGGCUCGCAGGCACAACCAUUCCCUGCAGCAGGAUGGGUGUCUGUGGCCUUCAGACAGCAACUCGCGACAAGGAGCCUCCGAGGUAACACAUUGCGACACUGAACUCUCCUGCACCUUGACUACCAGACCGUGUGUGGAGGUGUUAUAUGCUCCCCAGCCCAGGGAUCGCUUCACCGCUCCCGCCUUCAUGCACAGAGACCGCUUCAGCCGCUUCCAGCCUACCUAUCCGUACCUGCAACACCAGAUUGACCUUCCGCCCACCAUCUCGUUGUCAGAUGGCGAGGAGCCCCCGCCGUACCAGGGGCCCUGCACCUUGCAGCUUCGUGACCCCGAACAGCAGAUGGAGCUCAAUCGAGAAUCAGUGAGGGCGCCACCUAACCGGACCAUCUACGACAGUGACUUGAUCGACAUGGGGGGAGGCGGAGUGGCGGGGGGAGGGGGGAGCGGGCCAAGGCCACCGAGCAGUAACUCGGGCAUCAGCGUGGCCAACUGUGGUAUCCACGGGCGCAUGGAAGCUCCCCCGCCCGCAUACAGUGAAGUGAUUGGCCAAUACCCCGGCUCAACGUUUUUUCUUCACCAGCAAAGCAAUAACUUGAGGGUGGGAGAGUCCGGGGUGCCCGGAAGCAGGAUGAUCCAGCAGCAGAGCCAAUCAGAAAGCACAAUAGUACCUUCCAAGGCGAAGGAUGGCCAACCGGAGGACCUGGUGUGAGCAGGACCACCUGAAGACCUCCGGAACACUCACAACCUUGAGGUGUCUCUCACUCUCUUUCUCUGUCCACACUCCCAUGCACAAAAAUAUCAACUUUAAGCUACUACAAAUCAAGGAAAGAUAGGAAGUACGUUUUGAUUUAGUUUCUUUCUCUUUCUGAUAUUAGUAACUGGUCAGCGAAUCACUGCUGGGGCAGGAUUAUGCUGUGCAUGGAGUCUUGUUUGUCUUCAACAGAAAAAGAUAUAGGACACAGAUUGAAACAUUUUUGGAAUCCUCCCUUAUCCCCGCUGGUGGCAACCUUAUCCCGAGGGAUAGAGGAUGAUGUUUCUUUCUUUUUUUUUUUUUUUUGGUUCCACUUUUUCGGACCAGAAUCUGUGCACAAUGACUGGACUGAGAAUCAAAGGACCUAAACAAAGCAAGUGACUCACACACACACUCAAAUCUUAGUGCCAAGGUUCACGAGGAAGCGAAACACGGGGAUAGGAAAAAAGACAGACUUUUGAAAAAUAGAAGUUAUCUAAAAGUUGCACUAUCUUUUUGUUGUUAAAGAGGGAAAUUCUAUGUUUAAUUUAGUUUUCUGUCUCACAAAUGGACCGAGUGACUGAACUUUAGCUCCAGUUCAUGAGCAAAAGUAUUAUAAGCUUAUGUCCUCCCUCCUUUGAAACGUUGAGAAAUAUUUGUACCCCAGCCUACGACAUCUCGGUCUGCUUUCACCACAGGCACAAUGAGAACUCUGCAAUGCUUCAUUUCUGUGUGAUACACUUCAACCAGUGAGAGGAGUACGUGAAUUGUGAUCAGCAGCUGGGUGGACAAAUAAUAAUAAUAAUAAUAAUAAUAAUGUUCCCUUCCUCUCAAACAUUGGGAUCUGCCCCGCAACAUGCUGUGGGACAUUCUCUUCUUGGAAAUCCAACCAGCUGCCUUGAUUUCAAGUUAAGAAUGGCAUUCGCUUUUGGUCCAACCAUCCAAAUGAUCAAAGGUCCCGUGCCGUCAGUUUUUUAUUUUUGUUUUCCCCAGUCUAUGAUGUCGCUUUAUCAGGUUGGCAAGAUCAUUUGGGUUGGAAAUGCACAGGAUGCCCUUUUUUCAAGCUAUUCUAACUUGUCUUUUACGCCUGGCAAUCAAAACAGCCGGGCUUCUCAUUAAUAUUCGAUAUGUAAAUAAGCUUUGGUCUGAUUGGAUCGCUGUUAUUCUGAAUUUAAAUAUGGAAAACAGCUUUGCUUUGAUCGGCUGGCAACUAUUUCAGGGUGUACCCCGCCUACGCCCAAAGUCAGCUGAGCCUAGGCGCGAGCACACCCUCAACUCUAGUGAGGCUAAGCGGUUCGGAAAAUGGAUGGAUGGUCCUUGGCGAUAUCACGGCAUCUUGUGACGGCCAACCGUUCACAGUGACAUCGCGGUUGUAUCCUUCAACAUUUUGGCAACGAUGAUCGCAAGCUUCGCUAUUUCAGCCGCACUUACAUGAUAAAUAUAGUUAAGUAUUGUUGUAAAACACAACGCAUAGCGACUGUAUUUGUAUGGCUUGGCAGCGAGCUGAGCCUCACCUCACUUAAAAUCCGGAAAUGCCGUAUUGCCAUUCAGGUUAGUUGAGUGGGUGGUUACUUGAAUAAUUAGUAACUUUCUACAUCACAAACACGUGGAAAUCUGAUCCGGCCGUUUAUUGCAUUUUGCAUUCAAUGGACGAACCGCAUAGAUGUCGGACUUAAACCAUGUCACAGACUCAUUUUGUUAAAUGUUAGGCAUAAAAGAGUAAGAACAAUUGGAUUUUGAUGGCAUGGAACCUUUAACACCACAUUGUACAACACCCUUAUAGAUAUCCAACUCCUUAAAUGCUUGAAUUUUAACAUUAGGAUAAAUACAUCAAUUUCAGUAUAUGAAAAAUGACCUAUAUUAAUGUUCACAAAAGUGACCUUUAUCUGCACCAAAAUUACAGUAGUACUUUUUUCAAACAAACAAAUACUGUAUGUGGCCAUGAAAGCCCUCCUUCUAACUGUCCACCCAGCUGUCUGCACAUAGCAGAUUCCCACCUCCUGUUUCCUGUGUCAAGCCCCCCACCCCACCCCCCACCCCACCCCCACCACCCACCCCCAAGAGUGCAUUCUGAACGAAUGCUGCCAUGACACUGGUGGAAAAGAAAAGCUCCACUCAUCUUCAUAUCUCUACAACCACACGAUGGCCAAUCAAACCAAGACGACACAUAACGAAGCUUCCUGCAUACAUCAGGAUUGAGUUCAAACAGUCUGUGGUCGAAGUCCAAGGGCUAUGGGAGGGCUCCUUUUUUAUAAGAGGAGAACGAACUUCUUGAAAAUCUCGCCUUUUUCUCUGCUCAUUGUUGCCUUCUUCCCUACCCUUGUGCUGUUUUCUUUACCUUGUUUUCAUUGGAAACCAAUGUCCCCUGCCUACUCCUUCCUCUCCUCCACCUUUUUUUUUUUUUUUUUUGUGUCCUUUGGCAACCACUCAUCUUCAUCUUCCUUCAAUCCAUGUGUAGAAAAUAAUGCUGAGUCUGCCAAACCCCUUUAAAAUGGAGACUGGAUCACUGUGCUCGUCCAGUCGUCUGCUUCCUUCUGGCUGCGUCGUGUGUGUGUUUGUUGGUGAGACCAUUUAGCAACCCAGGAAAGCACUUAAACGUGUCUGCUGAAGCAAAGUGUGCGCAUGUGCCCGCGCGCAUCUGUGCACAUGCUUGUGUGUUUCUGACUGCUUUGUCUGAAUUUCGACAUUCAAGGACAUUUGGCACUUGUCCACAUUAGCACAGAAUUAAUGAUGCCUUCAUUAGAAUUCAGAGUGUCUCUUUACAGAGCCAGAGAUGCAUGAUGGGAGCGAUUAUAGCUAAAUAAAAUAAAGAAUGCAUGCCGCAGUCUAAUCCAGACUAUAGGUUCUACUUGUCAUCGAUGAAGUAUCCUACACUACAUGCUUGUUCUAAGCUUGCUUUGUUUUGUCGUUCCCCAGAGAACAACAUUUCUUUUUAAUUUCUUCCAUUUCAGUGUCCACGACACAUGAAACGGGCUCAAGCGGAAAAUCUUCGAGAUGUGAGCCUCACCUGGGGCUUCCCGACUCCAAUAUCGACACUUUUGUUUUUUAGCAUAGCCCUGAAAAUCCCGUUUUAGAAUAUCAACACUUUCUUUACCCUUAGGGACAAGUUAUUGUAUGUCGAAAGAAUGGAACCGAAAUAUCCAGCUCACAAGAUCAAAUAAACUACAGUGGUUUCUCUGUUUGGUAUCCUUUAGGCUGCCGCACGCCAAACGAUGUAGCCGAACCCAACUGAAUUCUUGCGCAGUGUGCGGGGUUCCCCAACUAUUUUCAUGAGUGGCGAUUCAAAAUUGACUUGUAGUUGCGCGAUGUUUAAACAUCGCAGAUUACAGCCAAUCAGAAUGCACGUAAGCUUUGACGUACGUUAAAAACCCAUUUCCGGGUUUUAGGCGAGCGAGACCCAGCUGGCUGCUGCCAAGCCAUACAAAUACAGCAUAUAAAGUAUUCAUAUAUUGUCUUUUACAACAAUACUUAACUAGAUUUGUAAUUUGUAGUGCACCUGUUGAUGAAAUAGCGACGUUUGCAGUCUUUGUCGCCAAAAUGGACGCGAGUGGGUUGUACAGCACCGGAUAUAUUCAAGUGAACGGGAGCGACCUGAGGCUUUCAUUGAAUCCGCAGCCUCUUUGAAGCAACCCGCUUCUUCCUUAAGUAUUACGAUAUCUUUUUAUAGUUUAAUAAAUGUGCUAAAGGACAAUAUACUGUAUGUGCAUCCUCAAAAUCCGAUACAGGCUGGCCCUUCAGGGCGUCCAUAUAUCAAAUCGCUCUAUGUGCAGGUGUGAGUCGCCAACAGUCUUUUUAUUGAUUAAAAAUUGCUUUCUUUUUCUUUGCGAUGCUCUGGUCCAAUCGGAUUUGGCCACAUCACGCGGUGUGCGGCGGGCCUAGUGUAGUCUCAGCGCUGCCGCGCAAACUAGUUCCUUGCCCGCAGUUUGUCACCUCAACACGUCUGUCUGCACUGUCCUAAACUGAGGAGCCCAUGCGUAGGAUUGUGAUGUAGUGUGGAAUUGGGGUGAAUUCUGCUCAUUUUUCUAUUGUUGCGCCCUUUUAUAUCACCGCACACAGCACAUAUUCAAAGGUAUCAGCAUGGCGGCCUUAAUGAACUGAGAGUUCAAGUUAUGCUAAAGUGCUAAAUGCUCACACAUGGCAUCAGUUUGAAUGAAGGCCAUCGCAUUCUGUUCGUCUGUGUGUGUGUGUGUGUGUGUGUGUGUGUGUGUGUGUGUGUGUGCAUUGCUGCUGCUAUUGCUGCUACUGCUAAUUUUAUCGCUACUGCUGCUUUUCGAGCCGCCCAUCCCCUCCCUUUGCCCAUCUGUUCCCUCAAUCCAUCAAAACGUGACAGAGAAGUCUGCAGUCAAAAGUUUCCAUAUUGGGACCAAAAUUGAACUCACAUGAGAGGAAGGAAAUGGCAUCUAUCAUUUUCACAAUAAGGUGAUUUUGUUGUUGGCGCAAUAGUCCCAAUAGUCCUUUGACUUGGGGGAGCCGCUUCAAUGUUAAUUUGUUUUGCUCAGUCUACUUGGUCAUGGCUUGUAAAUGGAGGAUACAAAGAUUAACUUUGUUUUCUACAAGGAGGUUUGCAUGUUACAAUGAUGUGAGUUUUUCAAAAAAAGGUGCCUAAUGUUCGUGUUUGAGCAGACCACGUCAGUCCAACUGCUGCUUUGAAAUCUUUACAGCUGCUUUAUAGAGGGUGCUUCAAUAGAAAUAUUGCAAAUGUUAGCCAAUUGACCAACACCAGUAAGCAUGCUGAUUCUCAUCCAAAUGUGGCCUCAGUGUACAGCAGGGUACAUUUACGUUUUAUUAGAAUUUCAGCCUGAAUGUGACCAUACAUGGAACACGGUUCACCUCUGCAGAUCAUGACCCAACAUUGAACGUUUUGUUCCCAAGUACAAGCGCCAUUCAGCCCCUCCACAGUAAAGCAACUGGAACCAUUUCAACCAGUAUGUUGACGUGCGUGUGUGUCUGUGUGUGUGUGCGUGCGUGCGUGCGUGCGUGCGUGGAGCAGACAUAGGAACCCACUUGCACUCAAAAAGCUCCCACCUUCGUUGUGCCUCACUUCCAACGGUGCUUUUUCAGUAGUCUGUCUUUUGUUUGUAAGGUGCUGUAUAUAACUUGAAUAUAUAUUAUGCACAUAUCCUACCCAAUGGGUAGACCACCACAAAAAUGUUGUGAAUAAUGUAAAAUAUUGUAUAGAAAAUAUAAAUCUUAAGAAGGCAGCAUCGAAUUUGUAAAGGCCUACAAGUAAAAAAUGUGCUUUGUCUUCGAAUGUGGUUAAAGCGCAAAAUUUGCUCACUCACAAUAAUUUACGAUAAAUAGUAGUGUAGUAGGAUAAGGAUGAGAUGGAUCAGGACUUUUACACUUGUCGCCAUUAUUUGGUUACUGGCCGUCAGUUUUAUAAAAGCCACGAACGACUAACAAAUAUAUAGUCAACACAUCUUUGAAAAGAACAAAAAAAAAAAGAAGCAUUUACGACGUACACACGCUUAGUUACGUAUUCUACAACCUCAGCCAGACCACGUUAAGCUUCUUUUCAACUCGCAUUGUUCAACGUCGAUCUAUAUGAAACAUGUCGAGAAGUCCGACGCCCACCGCAUUUGGAGGAAUCCGGUUUGUUUGUACCCAUAAUACUGUAUGCGUCUGUCAGUAACUAAGGCGAAAUGGAGUGCACCACUAAAACACUUGCAGUCGAAAGAAGAACAUGACAUGAGAAAAGGAACGUUAAGCUACAUCCACGCAAACCUUUGCAACUCAUCCAGGCAGCGUUAUUCUGCUCAAUAUAGCAUUGGCAUUGGAAAGAGGAGUUCAGUACUUUCAGAAAAGAUUCUCAAUUGAUGAUUCAUUUUCCUCACAAUUGAUCAAGGAAAUGUAGUCAAAUGCCCAUCCUUAGUCUAUGUUACUUGAAAAUUUGUAUAUCUACCAAAGUAAAAACUGAAGAGAUACGAAACUCUGCUUAAAGCAUUUUAUCUCCAUGACAUGAUCAUCUGCUAGUAAUCACCAGAUUGUCUAACAAGAAUGCUAUCUAAGGCAAAUGGUCACGCUCUUGUAUGUGUUUGUCUGUGUACUCGGAAGCAGUGUGAAAGAAAACAGUAAAAUUGCAGAUAAAUCAUUUAAGUGUAUUUUUUUUUUACAUGAUGUUGUUAAAGUGGCACAGUAUAUUUGAGCAAAGUCUUGUGUUGUUUAAUCUGCAGUCAUUUAUUUCCAGACGUAUUGAAAAAUACUCCACUGUACAAUAAUCGCAGAGCAUGUUCAUUCUUCUUUAUGUACAUAGCAAUGUGCCAUUUCCUCUUCUAAGCACCAAAUAAGUGGCAGUUGUCUCUAUUGUUAAACUCUGGAUAAAGUGCUGUUAGCACUCCUCAUUCUUAAAAUACCUAUUUUUUCUGUUGUUUUUUUUUUUUGUUUUGUUUCCUGCACUAGCUUGAAGAACUAACUUUGAUUCAGACUGAUUUUUGUUUAAUUCUCUGUGCAGCACGAUUUGCUUACUUGCUUUUAAUUAGAAGUCUGGUGUCAAGCGCUGACGAGUUGUUGUUUCAUGGAGAAUAAUGUCCAAAAUAUCUCAUUUCGUCGUUAGCUGUCAUGACGGUUACUAUAGGACUGCUUCCAUCAUGGGUUUAGCAUCAUUGGUUUGCUUUAUUUACAAAAAAUACCUUCUUGUUUCCACACCUUACCCCCUCUCUGCGUGUGUGGAAGUACAUGCACACACAGUCACGUGCACACACACUUAAACAGAGGGGGUAAAAAUGUUGUGUAUCUUUUUUUUUUUUUUUUUUUUAUUUAAGCAAUUGUGAUGUUCUAGGUUUUAGGCCUAAGGUCUGUUAUUGCAAUACUUUUACAAAAAAGAUGGGGGAAAAAACGAAAAAAAUGUUGCUCCAAGUGCUGUUGUAGUAAAAAGAAUUUAUGUUUGUAAUCAUGCUGUAGUCAAACUACAGUGUAAAAUGAAUAAAACUUUCAAAGUG